CUCAAAGCUGGCCGAGGAGGAGGAGGAGGAGGAGGAGGGAGGAGGAGGCGGUAACAGCCACAACUCGGAAUUUGCAAGCCGGGUGUCGGGAUGGGGUCUGUUUCCAACCAGCAGUUUGCAGGUGCGAAACCCGGUGAGGAGACCACCGGAGACUCGCCCAAGGCCGACAACGAGCCCCAGCCUCUGCACGGCUCCGGCAUCUGCAAGUGGUUCAACGUCCGCAUGGGCUUCGGCUUCCUCUCCAUGACCGCCAAGGGCGGCGCGACGCUGGACUCGCCCGUCGACGUCUUCGUGCACCAGAGCAAGCUCCACAUGGAGGGCUUCCGCAGCCUGAAGGAGGGCGAAGCUGUCGAAUUCACCUUCAAGAAGUCAUCCAAAGGUUUGGAGUCCAUCCGGGUGACCGGCCCGGGGGGCGUCUUCUGCAUCGGCAGCGAGAGGAGACCCAAGGGCAAGAGCCUCCAGAAACGCAGAUCGAAAGGAGACCGAUGCUACAACUGCGGCGGGCUGGACCACCACGCCAAAGAGUGCAAGCUCCCGCCGCAGCCCAAGAAAUGCCACUUCUGCCAGAGCAUCAGCCACAUGGUCGCCAACUGCCCGGCGAAAGCGCAGCAGUCCCCCAGCUCUCAGGGAAAGCCUGCCUACUUCCGAGAGGAGGAGGACAUGCACAGCUCGCCCCUGCUCCCCGAAACCCGGGAAUGAUGGCAGGCGGCGGCGGGGGCUAACACCGGCACGGAGAGGCUUUGGCAAGGCAACGGGCGGCCACGGGGGCCGGGUGGAGGGAGCGGGGAGGGGAGACGGCAGCACCUUUUCCUCCCCCGAAGCCCGCUUUUAAAUUGGGAUGGCUCCAAAAAUAGCGGGGGGAGCAUUCAGCGCGCCUCUCGCAGGUAAAAAGGAACACGCUUGAUUCGUCUUUAUUCUCCACGAAGCCGGGCAGUGGCGUCUCUGGGAGGAGGAGCAGAGAGGCAGCAUCUCAGGGAGGCUCUCGCGGCUCCCUGCUCCCCUGCCCCGUGCCCGGAGGAGGGAGGGACGAGGGCGGCAGAGCUGGGGGACACCCACGGGCCGGCCCCGCGGCUCCCCCAGCUCCUCGCUCGCAGGUCUCCCCGCUUCCGAAACACGGAGCUGGGCAGUAGGAAGGCUGCGAGGGCUGGAAGUGCUUAAGCCGGCUGCCGGGGUUUUGCUGGUGGUGUUUCCCUCGGGGAAACGCAACCCAGCCGGGGCUCCCG